GCUCGGUUCGGUUCGCUCCACUCCGCCGCCCACCUUGACGAGGAAUCACAAGAAUCCCUCGUGCGAAUCCCCGCGGAUUCGUCCAACCAUUCGGCGGCCGGCCGGCCGUAGUCACCACCACCGUUUCCCCCCGGGGUCGCCGCCUCGUUGCCUCCGCCCUCGCGCGCCCGCCGUCGUCUCCAAAACCACCCCCCACACGAAGCUCCGCCAACCCAUCGCCGCCCAGCGCCAACGCUUUUUCGCCGCCAUGGCCUUCCACUCCCCAAUGGCGGCGUCCCCCUCCUCUUCGCUCUCCUCCUCCUCCUCCUCCUCUUGGUCAUCGCUCCACCACCUCCGUCUCCUCCAGCUCCCCAACCACGCGUCCUCCCGCCUCUCCGUGCUCCCCUUCCCCCGCGAGCUCCCGCUCUCGCUCCCCCUCCGCCUCCGCAUUCCACGGCCGCUUCUCCCUGCGCUCCCCCUCGCCCUCGCCCGCGGAGAAGGCGGAGGCGGAGGCGGAGAUAACGAUGACGACGAUGGUAAUAAUGGUGGUGGUGGCGGUGGAGAUGGCGACGGGGAUGGAGACGACGGCAACGCGCCCGACAACCGGAAGGCGGCGCUGUUCGUGCUUGCGCAGAUGGGGAGGAAGCUCGAGACGCUGCCGUCCGACCUAGCUGCCGCCGUGGAGGGUGGCCGUGUAACCGGGGAGAUCGUGCGGCGCUUCGCUGAGAUGGAGGGCUCGGCGCUGCUCCGGUGGCUGCUCCAGUUCCAGGGGUUCAGGGAGCGCCUCCUUGCGGAUGACCUCUUCCUUGCUAAGCUUGCCAUGGAGUGUGGCGUCGGUGUCAUUGCCAAGACUGCUGCCGAAUAUGAGAAGAGAAGGGAAAAUUUUAUCAAAGAGAUUGAUAUCGUAAUUGCGGAUGUGGUCAUGGCAAUAGUUGCGGAUUUUAUGCUUGUCUAUCUUCCUGCUCCAACUGUCUCUCUGCAGCCACCACUUGCAACAAACGCUGGACAUAUUGCUAACUUUUUCCAUAACUGCCCAGAUAAUGCAUUCCAGAUUGCUUUAGCUGGAAGAUCAUUCUCCCUUCUGCAGAGGCUAGGAGCUAUUCUGAGAAAUGGUGCAAAACUCUUUGCGGUUGGCACUAGUGCUUCGUUGAUUGGCACUGGUGUCACCAAUGCACUGAUCAAAGCAAGGAAGGCUGUUGACAAGGAAUUUGAUGAUGAAGCUGAGGAUAUUCCAAUUGUCUCAACUAGUGUUGCCUAUGGUAUAUACAUGGCAGUUUCUAGUAAUCUCAGGUACCAGAUUUUGGCUGGUGUAAUUGAACAGCGGAUGCUGGAACCACUAUUGCAUAACCACAAAAUACUGCUGAGUGCCUUGUGCUUUGCGGUCCGGACGGGCAACACAUUCUUAGGUUCUCUACUGUGGGUUGACUAUGCCAGGUGGAUUGGCGUUCAAAAGGUUCAAGAAGAGAGCUGAAGUUACUGAAGUGAUCAAUACGACUUUUAUUUAUCAUGCAUAUUCGGUGGUUUGUCCUUCCACUUUUAGCAUGGUGGAAGCAUUUAAGCUCAAAUUUCACAUUUUGGAAACUGAAGAUAAUAUCAUAGUUAAAUUCACGUGAGGCUGUUGUUGCAAUUUUCUUGAUAGAUUUCAUGGUAUCUUUUAUGGGAUGAGAGAAACAGAGGUGAUUAACGAUAUAUUUGUAAAUAAAAAAUACUUUGUGAAUAAAACUAAUAUAUGCAUCUUCU